AUGGCUUCCGACGAACUGUAUGAUCUGCUCUUCCUGACGGACGCCACUGCGUCCAUGCGCAGUUACAUUCAAGCCCUCAGCCAGUCGCUUCCAGAAAUCAUCCGCAUCUCGUCUCUCACAGGCUCCUUCUCACGCAUAGGAGUCAUGGCUUACCGAGAUUAUUCCACUGACCAUCUAACGGAAUGGUCUGGCUGGCACAUAACUUCUGUCGAUGGAACUAACGCCGAUUCGACCAUACAGGACAGCCUGCUUGAUAUGGUCGGGAAGAUUCGACCGGACUCGGGCUGGAGAAGUGUCGACUGGCCCGAGGCAGCAAAAACUGGGCUCGCGCGGGCUUAUAGCGUGAUGCGCCCGGAGGCCACUACCAUCAUUGUCCUCUACGCUGACGCCCCUCCUCACCUCCCAGGUACCGAGAGUCUCAAUCGGCUGAGAGAAAUCGACCAUCUGUCCAAGCCGGAUACUUUCGGCGGGCAUGGGAAGCAAUUCGUAGACUGGAUCCUAGGCUCCAAGACCCUUCGGGACAGCGAGAGGAGGGCCAAGGUCUUUCCCGUCAUUCAGGGGGGCAUCGCUGAUAGCGUCGCUCCUUUUAUCUAUCUCGCCCACAUAACAAGCGGAGUCUGCUUCAAGUUGGGCAAUUCCCACGCCGAAAUCUCUACAGCGGACGCCAUCUCUCAGCUGACUGUUAGCAUCCUUCUCAACUGGAUGGGUGCCGGAAAGCAGGGCGCCUCCAUCUCCGGUCAGCGUCGUCUCGCCUACGUUUGCCAGUACAGAGAUACGGAUACAAUGGAGAAUGUCAAGAAUGAGGAAGAUAGGGCAGCCGAGAUCUACUUCCCAGUUGACCGCCUUAUCGAACAUCCCACUAUCAACAACGUUACGACUGUGCACUCUAGCCUUGAUGAACUGGCCAAUUUCAUAAAAGGUGGGCAGAAGCCCUUAGACUUUUCGAAACGGUAUCAGGCCGACGAAAAGUAUCAUACUUUCGUUAUUGAACAGCUUAAAUCCCUCAUCGAAUCGAAUGUCACUGCCAUCGCGGUUAACCCAGUCUUUGGCAGCCUAUGGAGAACAGUCUGCACCGACCGUAACGACCCCGCUCGAGAUGAGCUUAUCCAGGCUUUUGGUUAUCAUGUCGAUCGUAUCUCGGACCCUGAGAAGAAAGCCCGUAUGAGGGCCUGGCUUGCAGAAUCUUAUGAUUAUGCCGCCGAGAUCCUGGAGGUAGUCGAGAGCGUCCCUGAAGCCCAGAGAUUCCCCUGUGUAUUCAUGGACCCCACUGAAUCCUUCUGGACUGGGGGCGAAAACGGGAUCUCGGAGAGAAAAGAGGAAAAUUGUGAUUACGACAAGGAAGAGGAAAAGCUCAAUGAACCUGUCACAACAGCAUUCAGCAGAGAAGAUCUUCUAGAGGUUGGCCGCUCUUGCGACUACCGCGUUCUCCGGCGUCUUGGUAAAGUUCUCACACGUCUUACCUAUGUAAAUUCCGAGUCCGACUUGCCGGCUCACGUAAGAGCCGCCGACCAGGUCCCACGACUUCCAAUGGCCCUUGCGACUGCAGAGCACCGGCGCAAGUUCUGGAAAGUCCUUCUUCACCUUGUACUGCCUGGAACAAUGUUGGCGGCUCGUCCAGCCGCACUUCUCGCUGCACUAGCCCUUCGGAUGGGCAUUCGACCACUCAGAGAUGCUGCCGACCAGGAGCUUCUCUGCUUCACUGACAAGUGGAAUACCAUGGAUAUUCCCGAGACAUGGAAUGCCAGCUGCUUGUCUCUCCUCCUGGACGCGGACAAAGAUUUCGAAAGGCGAGUGGCUGAAGGUGUGACGCAGCGCCCAGCUCCAGAUUCUCGAGUUCUGCUUGAAAAGGACAAUCGUUUGUUCAAGACUCUGGUCGACUACAAGCUGCUCGAGUUAAACCUGAGCACCACGCUUCAGGCCAAGGUCGGUUGGCGUCCUGAAAAGUCAAAGGUUGCCAUUGGCCCUUUAGUUGUCUGUAAGGGCUGUAAGUUCCCGCGUUCUGUCACCAUCAUGGGUAAGGAUGGCAGCUGCGGUCUCUGCCCUCAAGAACACCAGUGUACGUGUCAAAUCUGCCAGCCACCAGAAGACAUGGAGCGUCGCCUCUCACAAAACGUGAGUCAUAGCGACACAGAGCGUACCGAGGCUGUUUGGGUUGAAUGCUUCACUCCGACAUGUCGUGCUCAGUACGUUGUAUACGGCCCAGAGGACCUUAGAGUCCGGGCGAAGUGUUACUACUGCCGGCACGCAUUCUCGUCCACGGCUGAAAUCCAGAAAGCGCCUUGCGUGGAGUGCUCCCAGUGCCUCAACCGCAUCAUCUGGCCGGAAGUCUAUCGACCAGUGGACCUCGAUUUGUCCACCUUCAAGUGUUACGCCUGUAGCGCGAACCGGGUCACUGUGAUAGACUACGAGACUUCUGCGAAGAUGUUGACCACUGAAAAUGGACAAGCUUGGCUUCUGCGCAACGAGGGUUCCGCCAUCCAAUACCCCUUCAACGGAAGAUCUCUUUUCCACACCGUCUCAACUGUUCCCGAGACUGAGCGUGAUUCGCUUGCAGACAAUGUCGAGAUCAUUCCAUUGCUACAGCAGCAUUCCCAGCUCACGAUCCGCGGCAAGACAAUCCAUAACCAGACUGAGAUUUGUGACCGGCUCCGUGCAUGGGUACAUUCCCGCCGAACAGAGACAGACCACUGUAGCCUGUGCUUUUCGAGCUUCAAAAAGAGGAACCUUCGCCGGGCCUGCGGUAGGAAAGGCUGCGAUCAGAUGGUUUGCGAUGGCUGCUUGAAGGAGUGGUAUGGUCUCAACGCUCGCGGUAGUCUCAUCAAUGCUGCUGCUCUCUGCUGCCCUUUCUGUCGUCGUCAGCCUACUGCCAAAACGGUCUCCGCUUUCGGUGUAUCUCACAUCGGCGAUCUGAAGACGGCGUUGGCGGAUGCCGAGUGGAUGUACGGAUGGUGCCGGGAUUGUGGAUUCGCCCGAAGGUACGCCGAAAGGGUCUGCGCUGCCGGGGCCCCCGAACUCUCCGGGUGGUCAUGCGAUGUUUGCAGAGAAGCCAAUUCCCCGGGGCUUCAGAUUCGAGACUGUCCUGGCUGCGGGACGCCGACAGAAAAGCUGGGCGGAUGCGGCCACAUUACUUGCACGGUCCCAGGAUGCUCUGCUCAUUGGUGCUUCUUCUGCGGAGAAAAUGUUGGCCUAGACAAUAUUUACCCCCAUAUGAGCAGUGUACAUGGGGGCCUCUGGGAUGAUAACGGCAACGAGGGCGAUGAAGGAGAAGAAUACGACGAGUACGACUAA